ACCGAUAAACUUGCUACAAUAUCCUCCAACUACCCCAACUCCAAGCGCAUAUCUAUUCUACGUACAGACUAUCGAAUCUAUCAGCCAAAGCAGAUCUCAAUUUAUAUAUGGGCUGGUCAAAUUUCUGACGUUAAGAGCCCAAGUGCUUUAUUUGUCAGGCCCAUCAUGUCUAACCUAUUUUCGGGAAUUAGCGGACGCUUUCGUGGUACGGGCAAAGGUGCAGGUGCGAAAAGUCCCGGUCUACCACCAUCUGCAUCAUCAUCUUCUACCGGAAAUGUAGCGAAUGGAUCUUCAGGUGGAAUGGCUCCAAGGGUACCUCCGCUUCCUAAUUCGCCAUCACUCACUCAGACGUUCUCUAUGGAAAAUUCCGAGUCCAGCCCAGCAAGAAGCGAUGUUCUUAGCCAUUAUAACCUACCUCGUCCCAAGCCACUUUGGAUAAAUGACUCGUACGCCAAGCAUAUUGUGAAGGGGAACUUCAUGACACUAUCAGCUCGACCCAAGACCGUUGAACAAGGAGAAUGGAUUGCGCAUCAAGUUGUUGAACAUUACAGGAUUUUGUGGAACUUUGUUCGUGUGGUUCAUGAUAGGGAUGAAGACGGGACUUCAAUUUGUAACCUUUCAACCUGUCCACGAAUGUCAGCUGGCGCUAACUAUUCGUUUACAUGGUUAAAUCCUCGCAAAGAACCAGUCGAGGUACCCGCCCACGAGUAUAUUUCAUUGAUGCAACGAUGGAUUAGUAGUAAACUUGAUAAUCCUGCUAUAUUCCCUACAGAUCCGACUGGUGUUUCCUCAGCACCAAUUCAUACAAUCUCAGAUCAUUCCUUAUCAAAUUAUGGAUCUAAUAGCCCUAAUACAAAUGGGCCCAAUAUUGCUGGUCAAAACAUUACGUCACAUCUAAGCUCACCACAUUCUCAGUACGGUAAUAAAAAUGAUUGGAUAGGAAGAAGUAGUGGCUUCCCCAUGGAAUUCGUCGAUGUUUGUCAAACAAUAUUUCGUCAAAUGUUUCGAGUAUAUGCCCAUCUCUACUGGGCCCACUUUACUGACCCGUUCUACCAUCUAAACCUUGAAAAAUCUAUGAAUAGCUGUUUCAGUCAUUUUAUACUUACUGCUACUGAAAUUGAGAUGUUAAAGCCACACGAACUGGAGCCUAUGCAGCCCUUAAUUGACCUAUGGGCAGCUAACGGGACAUUCCCAAAGGAAUCAAAAGCCUACGCAGGCGCAAAUAUCAGAGCUGGUGAAAAGUUGAUAAGCCUUUCAGGUAUAAACUGA